CGGCCGCUGCUGCGCGUGCUGCCCGGUCUCGUCUCGUCUCAGGAAGGUUUAUUUGGGAAGUUCUUCCCCCCCGGCUGCCGCUCAUGGAGACCAGACAACAAGAGUUGUACUCUGGUGUUCUGAGUGACGCAGUGGUGGACUGGGGCAGCGUGGGUCCCGGUGAGGAAUGGGUUAACUCGGCCAAACACGAGGGAGAGGAGGGUUUGAAUCCGGCCGCGUUUUACCCCUCUGAAGAGGAAUCGGUUAAGAGACGCUCGCAUGGCGACGACUCGGCUCCGGUGGGCCCAAAUGGGGGAAAACUGACAGAGGGGAGUAAAACGUCACCAUCGGGAGGCGACGAGUGGGCUCGGACGUCAAUGUCCCGCUCUGACGACUGGGCCAUGUUCACCUCUUGGGAUAUGCAACUGGACAGCACAGAGGGAGGACGCCUCACAGCAGGUUUUCUGGACUCUGAGCCACUGAGGGAGGCUGAUGAGGACAUGGCGUCAGAAGUCCACUUAAACUCCAGCUUGACGGAGGAGGAGAGAGAGGAGAUCCAACAGGAGUUGGAUAAACUGGAGGAGGAGAUCAGCACGUUGAGGCAGGUGCUGACCUCCAAAGAGAAGCAGCACGCCGAGCUCAAACAGAAGCUGGGCGUGACUUCGCUGAACGAGCUCAGGAACAACUUCAGCCGAGGCUGGCACGACGUGCAGACCUCCACGGCCUAUAAGAAGACAUCGGAGACGCUGUCCACAGCGGGGCUGAAGACGUCAGCGGCCUUCAGCACUCUGGGCAGCGCCAUCACCCGGAGGUUCGGGGACAUGAGGUACACGGCGACGUCUCACAUUCAUCAGCCGCCGGACAUUAUCUGUGUCCAUCAUCCAUGUGUGCUGUCCAUCCCCGUCGAAACUCUCCCAGCUUCAAGUCUUUUGAGGAAAAAGUCGAGACUACGGUGUCCACCAUCAAGACGAAGGUUGGCGGGGCGGAAGCAGGAGGCAGCUUUGAAGAAGUCCUCUCCUCCGCGGCUCACGCCAGCACUCAGGACACGCCCACCAACAACGUGACGGGCGGCUCCGAGAGGCCGUGUUAGAGCUGCACACACACACACAUGCGGAGAGAGAGGCGGGACUCGAACCAGGACCUCAUGUCACAUCAUGUACUGAAUGCUCUGACUGAAAUGUUACAGACACCUUUUAGUUUUAUCGUUAACGAUUUUUUGACGCUUAUGAGAAACAAUCUCAUGUUCCCGAUUAUCUCUUCACACGUCGGUGCGAUUCCCUGUGACCCUAAGUGCUUAAAUUGAUAUCGAAAACGUACGCCAUUUCUUGUUUGGACCAAAAAUGUGACCUAAAUAUUCCAAAGUGGACGCUGUCUACGCUUGCUUUGAGACGGCUGCGGUCAGAAACACACACUAAUAAAGAUAAUGAGCCUCUCUGAUCAUUACACAUGUAACUAAACUCACUUUAUGAGUAAAGAGCUGAUUCCAGGUCAGCUUCAGGAGGCAGGUGUAAUAAACCCUGUAAAGGAGUCACACUCUCCUCACGUGGGGGUAACACAACUACAACUGUCAAAUUAAAGCUCGAAAUAAUUAUCGAUUCCUUCAUUUUCUGUGGAAGUUUGACUGAACAUCCAUGUUCGUGCAGAAGCCGACUUAACUUCAUACCAAUAACUACGUUUGUAGGUUAUUAUUAGAAAUCCAGUAAGUGUUUGUAAAGAAAUAAACUGUCACAUGUUCAACUACCUUGUACUUUGUACUAACGCAUUAAAAACGAUAUACAUAUAUCCCAUACAGAUGUGAUUAACCCAGAAGUGACGGGUGUACACUACCGUUCAAAAGUUUGGGGUCAUCCAGACAAUUUUGUGUCUUCCAUGAAAACUCACUUUUAUUUAUCAAAUGAAUUGAAUAUAAAAUAUAGUCAAGACAUUGACGAGGUUAGAAAUAAUGAUUAAUAUUUGAAGUAUUAAUUUUGUUCUUCAAACUUCAAGCUCAAAGGAAGGCCAGUUGUAUAGCUUAUAUCACCAGCAUAACUGUUUUCAGCUGUGCUAACAUAAUUGCACAAGGGUUUUCUAAUCAGAUAUUAGUCUUCUAAGGCGAUCAGCAAACACAAUGUACCAUUAGAACACUGGAGUGAUCGUUGAUGGAAAUGGGCCUCUAUACACCUAUGGAGAUAUUUCAUUAGAAACCAGACGUUUCCACCUAGAAUAGUCAUUUACCACAUUAACAAUGUAUAGUGUGUAUUUUUGAUUAAUGUUAUCUUUAUUGAAAAAACAGUGCUUUUCGUUGAAAAAUAAAGACAUUUCUAAGUGACCCCAAACUUUUGAACGGUAGUGUAUAUGUAAACGUAUAUAAAUUAUUUUACACUCAGAUUUUUGUUCCGGCGCCUCGGAGCCAAUCAGACGACUUCUUUGUUUUUACACCCGUUGACUCGUGUUCGGCCCGGGAAUAAUCACUUUGGACAAUUAAUUGAGUCUAAUGCUGGAAAUAAAAACAAUUAACACCGUGUUCUCCAAACAUCUGCAGGAUAUUUAUGUGUUUAACUUCGUGUUGGGCUGCUGCAGCUCAUUAGAGCUGAAGUCACACGCAGGUAUAAAACAUUUUAACCCUGAACAAGUUUUGUAUGAUGCCUUUUGGUGAUGUAACUUAUAAAGUCAAAUAUUAAUAUGACAUCGAUGCUGAAAGACGACGUCACUUUUUACUGCUUAUGUUACGGUCGGUGCCACGAGACAAAAAAAGUCAAACUACGUUUAAUUAUUCUAUUUUCAAUAUAUGGACUGUUUUGUGUUUUUGUCUUUCAUGUGUUAUGAGAUUGUCUUUUCUUUGCAGUGGUUUAAGAAGAUACGAUGUUUUAAUAAAUGUUUUAAUACAAAUCAUGUUCAAGCACUGAAAGAUCUCGUGCAGUAAGCAAAGGUGAUCUACCAGAUUAAUGAGGUCCUGCAUGUUGUCAUAUAUAUAUAUAUAUAUUUGACUUUGGUCUGUUGUGUUAGUUUGAAAUCAAACUGAACUAAAUUCCAGUUUAUUGAACUUUUUUACAAAUAUUUCUACUAAAAUGCUAAAACCCAAAGACGUAACACAUGAAUCUGUAUUAAUUAAAUUAAUGACACCAUUAUUCAUGACUGAUGGAUCACAAUUAAGUAUAAUUUAACCAAUAUCACAGAUGACUGAUUUUUACAAUAAACACUGACAACUUUGACUGAACCUGUUUAAAAAAUUUAAAAACAAUAAUAAAUGGAAUAACAAUAUACUGACAAAUUAACAAAUAAGAUGAGACCACUCAAUCGUCAGGAACACUGAAUUAUUGAGUCUGCUGUUACUAACAUAUCGGAAAUGAUGUUUUAGGAUCAUUUUUCAAUUUCUUUUGAAAAUAACUGUCAUGUAAUAUCUGAUACAUAUAUAACAUGUCAAGAUGUAAUAAAACAUGUAUUUGUCAAUGAACUGGAAACAUAAAACAAUAAAACCUGUUGAUGUCAAGAAAUA